AUGAGCGAUGAGGAAGAGGUACUGGAUAUGAAUCUUUUGGAGGCGCAGGCAACCAGGGAGCCCGAGCCCGAGCCCGAGGCGGUAAACGAGCAGCAACCUGAAGUGCCGCAAAUUCCAGAGCCGAAAGAAAGCGCAGUUGACUGGCUGUACUGCGCAACGCCGUACUUAAGGAUGUACGACGAACUCAAACAAUUUCACGUGGCGCGCGGGCAUCCUCCUGCCGAAGUCUUGAAGCAGAUGGGCAUCUUCAAAGCCACCUGUAAUGCGGAGCUUCGAAGGGUUUACAACCUCCCGCUAUACCUAGAUGAGGAAUUGGACCUCAACGAGCGCAAGGUUUGGCGUCAGAAACUGCUACGGCUCUACAAGCUACGCAUCCUGCCAUGGGUUUGCAAGCUCGACUACGAGGAAGCUGAGAAAAUCUUGAAGGGCGAAUUACUCAAUGAAACCGCAGCUACUUUCGAUCCACGGUCGGGCUGUCCAACUCCGCCUCCGGAAUACCGUAAUCCCUCCGGUUCGGUGAACAUGCAGGACAUCGACCUCCCUGAUUCUGGACAGGAUUUUUCGAUCCAGCCGAAUCCGGCCGGGCAGGGAGCUGAAAUCGGCUCGAAAGAGCAUGAAGACUUUGCGGUUUUGAAUGCACCUAACGAUUACCAUCAGCCUUGUGAUGCCCAGGAUCGCCCGGAAGAAAAGGUAACUCAGGCUCAAUACCAGCAAAGGGGCUGUUAUGAAGAAGCCGAAUACGCAAAUCAGGAAUCGAGAAACCCGCCACCCGUACCUGCCCAUGGAGCUUGGAGUAGCGGCCAACAUUUGGCAUCGGCAACGGCCAACAACAUUGCUGCCCCGCUGGUCCUAGUCAGCUUUCCGGACGGGAAAAUCGAGUUUCAUGAGGAUGUCGCGAAGCGCACUUUUGCCAGUCCGGCGUAUAGAGGCAAAAAGAUAAGUUUGGUGUCGGUUAUGGGCCCGUCUCGCUCGGGGAAAAGCUUCUUCAUUUCGUUGAUGAUCAACGGUUUGCAAGCCGGUCCGGGCCAUCGGAAGGUCGUAAGCGGCUUCUUUAAAUCCGGAUACGAGCGCCACACCGAAGGGAUUCUGAUCUUUGAGAAGCCAGCAUUUGCCGGAAGCGACGAAAAUCAUCUCAUCUUCUACAUCGACACCCAGGGCACGUUUGACUUGGAGACGGAGCGCAGUACCUCGCUUUGGAUAGCUGGGUUCAGCUUUUUGCUGGCCGAUAUUCAGAUCGUCAAUCUGCGCUCAAAUAUUGGCGGUGACAACCUGCACGACAUCCAUACUUUUACGGAAGUUGCUGCGGCAUGUAAUACCAAUAGCUUGGCAAAGAAAAUUGUUAGCUUCUUGGAAAAGGACGCGCCGACGCUAACAACUUCUGUAGAGGUGAUCAAAGAGGCAAGCAUUACGGUCACGGUGAAUCGCGCUUUUGAAAUGUUCCAAGCGGCGUUGAAGGGCGUAACCCUCGAUCAUUUUGACAAUGGCGUAUUGGCCGGAAAGAAAAACGCCGAUCGAAAACUGAAAGAAUCGCUCCCGGCGAAACUAUUGGAGGAGGCCAGGAAGGGGCUGGCGGGGAAGGUCGAGCCUGCCAUAAAAGCCAAGCGAGAAGAACUUCUGAAGAUUGAGUCCGAGAAGCAGGCGCUCGGGAAAUUGGACGAGAUCGUACUCGAUUGGAGGAAGAGGAUUCAAAUGAUCAAUAAAUAUGAAGAGGCCGUCCGACUCCUAGAAUCGACGGAAAUCUCAGAUAGUUUUGCUAGGAAUUUUCCUAAUCUGAGCUGCAAGGACCAAGUUUCGCUGCUAAAGAACACCCUGGACACGAGGAUUGCCAAUUUACGAGGUCAAUACCUUCGUCAAAAAUUGGAUGAGACCGAGCGACAGUUCCGGGACUUCAUUAUGAACAAAAAAUGGGAUCCACUGCCGACCGUGGACUUUCUGCACCAAGAGGCCAUUGGGGCUCUGCAAAAAAUGCACGAAAACUUGCUCGAAUCCGCGAAAGAUGAUGGCAAGAAAUAUUGCCAAGAACGCGGUGUUCUUGCUCUGAAUGAAAUCACCACAGAAUGCCUAGAGCGGCUCCAAAAAACUAAGGCAGCCGAGGAAGCGCUAAAGCGAGCAGAGGAGAAAUUUAACGAAGCGAUACGAUUCAACUCGGAUGAAAGGAGGAAUUCCGCCGCUGCUGCACCGACGAAACAAUCAGAAAAUUUGGCUAAAUGGAAGGAGGAAUGGGCGCUAAAGCUGACCAGUGAAGACACUAGUCAAGUGAUUCGCUCAUCCCAAUCAUCGUUGGCAAGUCUCGGAGUAGACAAUCAGGCUCCCGGUAGUUUCGAAGCAAAUCCUGCAGCACAAAGUAGCUCGACGAAAGCGAGAAAUCAGCUCGCCACGUCGAGUGCGGUAGAGGCCAUAUACAAAGAAAGGCAAAUUGCUGCUGACGCGCGCUUGGCUGCGAGGAUGGAGAAACGAGAAGAAGAAAAAAGGCAGCAACUGGUGGACCCGCUGCAACAAAAGAUUGAUCGACAAGUCAAAGUUUUUAAGCUCUUUGUACAGGGGAUGAAGAAGUCCUACCCCGCCGAUGAAGCCGGAGGGCAAAGCAAGAAGUGGCAUAACCCUUGCUCGCUGUGGACCGCCAAAGAACAAGGGAAAAAGACUUCCGCGGAUGGGCUCUUUAAGGUUUGCAUGGUAGAAUAUGGAAGGCUGAAGACUGAAUUGCUGCUAAUUUUGCAAGGACAAAUUGAGCAGGAAGAAAUCGACGAAUGUGUAAACGGUUUUGAGCAUGACUGUGACGAGAUUUUUCGCAGCGAGGUCGGGCGUGCAAUGGAUGAUCCUGAGUUGAACUAUGUGGGCAGCGAGGAAGCGCUCCGCAAGCUAUUUGUAAUGCGGAAAUGUGUUGCUCUGCCCGGCGAAACAGGACGAAACAAACGAAAGGUCCUGAAUUAUGCUAAGGUCGAACGGCACUUUCGUCUCUUCCUACGGCGCAAACUCGCCAAUGCCGUCGAAUGCGCCACAGACAAAGACACCAAACAAGGAAUCAACGCAACAGAAGAGCUUUGGGCACAUUUCCGGAAAUCGUUAGCAAAGUAUGAUUUGGAAAAGCUUCUGGAACUUGUCAUCAACGACGUUGCCGUUGGGUGCUGGCUCGACAUCCUGAGCAUAAAGUUUGAGAGUUAUGGAAAGGCAGAGGACAACAUAGUGUUACUAAGCCAGGCCCAACAUAGACUGAAUUUGCGGAUUCCGGACAAGGACUUUCUGCAAUUUUGCCGGACAGUUAAAGAACUCUACCGGAAGAAUGCAGCGAGAUCCAUAACGUGGGGGUCCCAAGUUCAAACGGUUGAAACUGCUCACGUUGCCGCUAGUUAUCACCGCUAUCCAGCAAUUACUCCAACCUCGGUUGUUCAACCAAUUGGGCUGCCGUGCACAACCAACUCGUAUCCACAGCAAGAGCAGAUUUACGUUGAGGUGCCAGGACCUGAGGCUGUCAUCGAGCAGACCCAUCUGCAUGGAUUGUCAUCGGGGAACAGAUGGACUCAGUUUUGGGACACGGUCAGCCGCCGCGACGCUGAUUAUCUUACGGACACAACCAGUCCCUUUCAUAACGGCUUU